CGGCGGUCCUUCACUUCCAGAGUCUCGACUUACACAGGCUAAACCUCAGAAGCUUGGAUGAUUACAGGAGGAUUUGUAGUGAACCGGAUCCUCGAGAGGCGUUCACAUUUAUCUCUGUAUUCAUCUAAGAAAUUAAUGUAUAUGCAAAUAUAAAACUGAUAGGAUACACUCUCCGCUCGUGCGACUUCCGGUUCUACAUCUAAGAGACUUUAAGUGCUGCUAGCAUAUUGAGUUCGAUAAGUGGCUCGCGCGCGCAGAAAAUGUCCUUUCAUCCUGGACGGGGAUGUCCACGAGGGCGCCCUCCCCCUCAAAAUUACCCCCCUGUCCCCCUGCGUUUUCCCCCUCCUCCGUCCCUUGCACCCUCUGUGCCCCCUCCUUAUCCCUACGACCAGUCGACGCCCCACUGUUCCACGUACAGCCCUCAAUGCCUCAACUCCUACCUACCCAACAUGCCACCUCGUCCCGAUUUCCCUCCUUACCCCGUCCCAGCACCCUCCCAGGGUCCACAGUGCCCCAUGCGCCCUCCUUUCCCCCCUCCGCCGCUGCACCAGGGCUUUCCAGAACCCCCUAACUUCCCCCCACCCCCUUUGCCCGUCCCUGCCGGUGGCCCUGCCUCUUCUCAGGGCUCGUAUCCAUAUGUUCCCCCUCCUCCACCUCCUCCACCCUCAAUGCCUCCUUCUGUACCCUUUCAGCCUCCUUACUCAAUGAAUUAUCCCCCUCAAUCCCACCUACCGCCUCUACCCCCUAAUUUCUAUCCCCCCUCUGAAUCUGGAGCUUUCAAGCCCAUGGAGUAUCUCCAUAAUUUCAAGACCGACAAGUCGCCCGAGCGGUCACGGCGGCACAAAAGCUACAGCUACAGUGGGUACAGCGGGCACGGGGAGCGCCGGGAGCGAGAAAGGAGUCCAGACAGGAGGCGGCAGGACGGAGGACGGUACCGCUUAGAGAACGAAAAAGGCCGGACCCCUCCGAGACACCGGAGCCGAGAGCGCAGCAGGGAGCGUUUUCGUCACCGGGAGAGCAGAAGCUCACCUCCCUCGGACCGGCACCGCAAACGAGCGCGCUCCCGCUCAGGAAGCAGAGAGAGAAAACGCGGCCGGAUGGAGGAAGACCGGGAAAGAGAGAGGGAAAAGGACAGGGACCGGGAACGAGAGCGGGAGCGGGAAAGAGAGAGAGACAGGAGGGUGGAUGCAGCCGGAGGAAGCCGAGAAAGAAGCCACAGAGAAACUGAGGACGAGGAGGAGGAAGAGUUACUGAAGCCGGCUUGGAUCCGAUGCACUCAUGCUGAGAACUACUUCUCCAAUGACCCCAUGGACCAAGUGGGCGACUCGACCGUAGUGGGAACCAGUAAACUGAGGAACCUGUACGAGCGCUUUGAGGAGGAGCUGGGGCGGCGCCAGGAACGCGCCAAAUCCGCUCGGCCAAUGUGGGAACCCCCCAAAACCAAGCUGGACCUGGACCAUGACGAGAGCUCGAGUGAUUCAGAGUGUGACUCGGAUGGGGACAGCAGUUGCUCCAGCAGCUCCGACUCCGAGGUGUUCGACGUGAUCGCAGAGAUCAAGCGUAAGAAAGCACACCCCGACCGACUGCACGACGAGCUGUGGUACAAUGAUCCUGGACAGAUGAAUGAUGGUCCGUUGUGUAAGUGCAGCGCUAAAGCCAGACGCACGGGAAUCCGGCACAGUAUCUACCCCGGGGAAGGGACGGUUAAAACGUGUCGUCCGAUGAGCAACAACGCCGGCAAACUCUUCCAUUACAGAAUCACCGUGUCUCCGCCCACAAACUUUCUGACUGACCGGCCGACGGUGAUUGAGUACGACGAUCACGAGUACCUGUUCGAGGGAUUUUCGCUCUUCUCACACACUCCUCUGACAAACAUCCCGCUGUGCAGAGUGAUUCGCUUCAACAUCGAUUACACCAUCCACUUCAUAGAAGAGAUGGCUCCUGAGAACUACUGUGUUAAAGGGCUGGAGCUUUUCUCUUCAUACCUCUUCCACGACAUACUGGAGCUGUACGACUGGAACCUCACAGGUCCAGAUGAAACCGAGUCUCCUGCCUGCCCCAGGUUUCACUUCAUGCCUCGCUUUGUGAGAUUCUUACCAGAUGGAGGUAAAGAGGUGUUGUCUAUGCACCAGGUCCUGCUGUAUCUCUUGAACAGUAAUAAGGCGCUUGUUCCGGAGGAGGAAAUCGCCAACAUGCUACAGUGGGAGGAGCUCGAGUGGCAGAAAUACGCUGAGGAGUGUAAAGGCAUGAUCGUCACUCAUCCUGGCAUGAAACCCAGCUCGGUGAGAAUAGACCAGUUGGACCGGGAGCAGUUUAACCCCAACGUCAUCACCUUCCCAAUCAUCGUCCAUUUUGGAAUCCGUCCUGCUCAGCUCAGCUACGCCGGAGACCCUCAAUACCAGAAGCUGUGGAAAAGCUACGUGAAGCUGCGCCACCUGCUGGCUAACAGCCCCAAAGUCAAGCAGAUCGACAAGCAGAAGCUCACGCAGAGAGAGGAAGCUCUGCAGAAGAUCAGGCAGAAGAACACGAUGAGGAGGGAAGUGACCGUGGAACUCAGCAGCCAAGGAUUCUGGAAAACCGGCAUACGAUCCGACGUGUGUCAGCAUGCGAUGAUGCUCCCGGUUCUGACCCACCACAUACGCUACCACCGGUGUCUGAUGCACCUGGAUAAACUGAUCGGUUACACGUUUAAGGAGCGAUGCCUCCUGCAGCUGGCCAUGACGCACCCGAGUCAUCACCUGAACUUCGGGAUGAACCCUGAUCACGCUCGUAACUCUCUGUCCAACUGCGGCAUCAGGCAGCCCAAAUACGGAGACCGCAAAGUGCAUCACAUGUACAUGAGGAAGAAAGGAAUUAACACACUGAUCAACAUCAUGUCCAGACUGGGUCAGGAUGAUCCCACACCCUCCAGGAUUAAUCAUAAUGAGCGUCUGGAGUUUCUCGGUGAUGCUGUCGUCGAAUUUCUAACCAGCGUUCACCUGUACUACCUGUUCCCCAGUCUGGAGGAAGGAGGCUUAGCGACGUAUCGCACCGCCAUCGUUCAGAAUCAGCACCUCGCCAUGCUGGCUAAGAAACUGGAGCUGGAUCGUUUCAUGUUGUAUGCUCACGGCCCUGAUCUGUGCAGAGAGUCAGACCUCAGACACGCCAUGGCCAACUGCUUUGAGGCUCUAAUAGGUGCUGUGUAUCUAGAAGGUGGAUUAGAAGAGGCGAAGCAUCUGUUUGGAAGGCUGCUGUUCAACAAUGAGGACCUGAGGGAGGUCUGGCUCAACUACCCACCUCAUCCGCUGCAGGUGCAGGAGACUGUGACAGACAGGCAGCUUAUCGAGUCGUCUCCCGUUCUUCAGAAGCUGACAGACUUCGAGACGGCCAUCGGAGUUUUCUUCACACACGUCCGACUGCUCGCUCGAGCUUUCACACUGCGCACCGUCGGCUUCAACCACCUCACCCUGGGUCAUAACCAGCGGAUGGAGUUGGGAGAUUCCAUCAUGCAGCUCGUAGCCACUGAAUAUCUGUUUAUCCAUUUCCCCGACCAUCACGAAGGCCAUCUGACGCUACUGCGCAGCUCGCUGGUGAACAACAGAACGCAGGCGAAGGUGGCAGAGGAACUGGGGAUGCAGGAGUUCGCGAUAACGAACGACAAAACCAAACGACCUGUCGCUCUGCGCACAAAAACACUGGCCGACCUGCUGGAGUCUUUCAUCGCUGCACUUUACAUCGACAAAGACCUCGAAUACGUUCACACGUUCAUGAACGUCUGCUUCUUCCCCAGACUGAAGGAGUUUAUCCUGAAUCAAGACUGGAAUGAUCCAAAGUCUCAGCUCCAGCAGUGCUGCCUCACCCUGCGCACUGAGGGCAAGGAGCCGGACAUCCCGCUCUACAAGACGCUCCAGACCGUCGGGCCGUCUCACGCUCGCACCUACACGGUCGCUGUGUACUUCAAAGGCGAGAGGAUCGGCUGUGGAAAAGGACCGAGUAUACAACAGGCUGAAAUGGGAGCUGCCAUGGAUGCUCUGGAGAAAUAUAACUUCCCUCAGAUGGCUCAUCAGAAGCGCUUCAUCGAGCGCAAGUACCGGCAGGAGCUGAAGGAGAUGAGGAGGGAGAGAGAACGGCAGGAGCGAGAGAGCGACGAUGCCGAGGAUGCUCACAAAUAAGGACACACACACACACACACACACACACACACACACAAACACACACACACACUGUAUAAUAAUCACCACAAAGGGAACAUGGAUAAAUGGACUUGUUUGACGUGGAGCCUCUUGUCUUUAUGGGUCAUACCAUUAUUUAAAAAAAAAUAAAUAAUGCACCCCAAUGACUUUGAAGGUCAUUUUAUACGUUUUUAUUUGUUUUACACGUUCUGUAAUGUAAUAAAGUUUUUCCUCCUUG